UUUUUGCGCAACGCGUACACAGUUGAUAGAAUUCGGAAUUGGUCCUGCGUAUUAUACGCGUAGCAUAUCUGCAUAUAUCCGUGGAGACAGAUUGUAGCAGCUUCGCGUGAACUGUCGAAAGGCUGGCUAUUUUGUUAUUUUCAAGCCAAACCAAUACCUGCAGUCAGUUUAUAUUUCCAUAGAAUCGUGGGAGUAUCACUGCGCUGAAUACAUAAAGUACGAUGGCCGGAAAUUGGUAUAGUUUAACCGGACCGGCGAGGCAAUUGGUUAAAAAUCUGGUGAGAAAAAAGGGCAAUGCAUCAAGAAGACCAAGAACUCUGGGUCACUUGGUUACCCGCGCUACAUCAUCGUUUCACUCUGUUCAACACACGACAGCUGACUGCACUUCAAUGCCGGACAAUAUGUCGAGCACUAUUCACAAAAACUUAUGGGACACGGAUUACGAGUUGUUCGAUCUAAUGAAAAAGGAAAGAAAGCGACAAGAGUCUGGGCUGGAAAUGAUUGCGAGUGAAAAUUUUACCUCUCUUAGCGUACUCCAAUGCCUCGGAUCUUGCCUAGGAAAUAAAUAUAGCGAAGGUCUUCCAGGACAGAGAUAUUAUGGUGGAAACGAAUUCAUCGAUCAAAUUGAAUUACUUGCUCAAAAACGGGCCUUAGAAGCUUACAAUCUGAAUCCAGAAGAAUGGGGGUGCAACGUUCAACCGUAUUCCGGAAGUCCAGCCAAUUUUGCCGUCUACACUGGUCUGGUUGAACCCCAUGGGCGUAUAAUGGGUCUAGAUCUCCCCGACGGAGGGCAUCUAACACACGGAUUUUUCACCGAAACCAAGAAAAUCUCUGCAACAUCAAUAUUCUUCGAGUCGAUGCCUUACAAGGUGAAUCCUGAAACAGGAUACAUAGACUACGAGAAGCUUGAAGAGACUGCAAGAUUGUUCAAGCCAAAGAUAAUUAUAGCUGGUAUAUCGUGCUAUAGCAGGUGUUUGGACUACAAACGUUUUAGGGAAAUUGCUGAUCAACAUGGAGCAUAUCUUUUCAGCGAUAUGUCACAUAUUUCUGGACUUGUUGCUGCAGGUGUUAUUCCCAGCCCAUUUGCAUACAGCGAUGUUGUUUCUACUACAACUCAUAAGACGCUCAGAGGGCCACGUGCAGGUGUAAUUUUCUUUCGAAAAGGCGUCAGAAGUACAAAUAAGAAAGGUGAAAAGAUUUUGUAUGAUCUGGAGACCAGGAUAAAUCAGGCUGUGUUUCCCGGCCUGCAAGGUGGCCCACAUAAUCAUCAAAUUGCUGCCAUUGCCACAGCAAUGAAGCAGGCAAAGUCGCCAGAGUUCAUUGCUUAUCAAAAACAAGUAUUAGCUAAUGCAAAAAGACUCUCAGACAGUCUUCAAAAACUUGGUUACAAAAUUAGCAGUGGUGGCACCGACGUGCAUCUCAUCUUAGUUGACCUGAGCACCACUGGUAUCAGCGGAGCCAAAGCUGAGAGGAUACUAGAAGAUAUUGGAAUCGCAUGCAACAAAAAUACAGUUCCUGGGGAUAAAAGUGCUUUCAAUCCAAGCGGUAUUAGGCUUGGAACACCGGCUUUGACUACUAGGGGUUUCAAGGAAGCUGAAAUUGAUAAAGCUGUUAGUUUCAUUCAUUCGGGCAUAGAACUGGCUAAAGAAGUCACAGCCAUAUCUGGGCUUAAGCUCGCAGAAUUUAAAAAGGUAUUAGAUACUGAUGCGACAAUGAAGGCAAAGGUCCAAGCACUUCGUAAAGAAGUUGAAGAAUUUGCCUCACAAUUCCCGAUGCCAGGUCUGAAAGAGUAUUAAACAUGUACAUCUAAAAGAGAAACAGCUAGAUCGAUUUCUACUAACAAGGCACGUCAGUUUGGUGUCCCCCUCGGAUUUAGUUGCAACUUAUGUAUGUUUGUACAACAUU